UUCAGUAACGUCCCAGCCAGCAAGAGGAAUUUUUCUGUUCCGAACCAGCAGCGAAAAUGCCGAUCUCAAACCGCGAAAUUGUUUUGGAAUUAUUUAAGUUUAAUUGAAAAAUGUUUCAAAACCCCGUAGCCGUGAGUCGCGAAUGCUCCGCCAUGUAUUACAACUCGGUGUACAAUGCAUCUACGAUGUUCGACAUCAAACACUCUGAAAGUCAAGUUCAGCCACAGAUAUAUAACACAAAUCACAUAGGCUAUGUGCCAACUUCGAGUACUCGGAUUGUUAAAAAACGAAAUACAGCCAACAAAAAGGAGAGGAGGCGAACACAAAGCAUAAACAAUGCCUUUUCCUACCUUCGGGAAAAGAUCCCUAAUGUUCCCACAGAUACCAAACUUUCAAAGAUUAAAACACUGAAGUUGGCCAUCCUCUACAUAAACUACUUGGUUAAUGUUCUCGAUGGCGAUCAGGACCCAAAAGGCGGAUUUCGAGCCGAACUUAAGCCGGUCAGCCGAAAGAUUUGCAGCGAAAAGAAACAAUGCUUAAAGUCAGAAAUUCAACUUAUUCUCAUUUCAGAAUAUUCCCAUGUCGACUAAGGGCCGUACAGGAUGGCCACAAGAUGUUUGGGCAUCGGAACUUAUUCCAGAACAUAAUUAGACUUCCGUAACACAGUGCAACGCGAAAAAUGUAACCGCAGUUUGGAUUUGAAAAAACAAAAAAAAUUAAAUAAGUCGAACUUUAUUUAUGGUUUCCCUGGUUUAGCUUGGGUUUAAAUAUUUUGGCUACUCAAAAACUUGGUUUAUAAUUUCAAGUACUUUUGCAUUAUGAUAUUUUUGCCAAAAUACAUAGAGACUUACAAAACAUAAAUAGUUCGUUUCAGAACAGUGAAUAUCAGAAUUUAAUUCAGAACUUCAGAUCCAAACUGCGGUUACACUUUAAAACCUUAAAAAUGUUGCACAGUGUAAUUUAUUUAAAUUUAAUAUCAUAAUAAAUUAUACUUAAUAAUUUCAUUUAAAUAAAGUUAUAUAGAAAUAAUACUCUUUAACCAUACAAA